AGCCUGGACAGUUUUAGAUGGUGUGGUCUUGCUACAUGCUCUGAGAAAUGGCUGUAGGAAACAACACACAACGAAGUUAUUCCAUCAUCCCGUGUUUUAUAUUCGUUGAGCUUGUCAUCAUGGCUGGGACAGUGCUACUUGCCUACUACUUCGAAUGCACGGACACUUUUCAGGUGCAUAUCCAAGGAUUCUUCUGUCAGGAUGGAGACUUAAUGAAGCCUUAUCCAGGGACGGAGGAAGAAAGCUUCAUCACUCCUCUGGUGCUCUAUUGUGUGCUGGCUGCCACCCCAACUGCUAUUAUUUUUAUUGGCGAGCUAUCCAUGUAUUUCAUAAAGUCAACGAGGGAAUCCCUGCUUGCUGAGGAGAAAACAAUUCUAACUGGAGAAUGCUGUUACCUGAACCCAUUAUUACGAAGGAUCAUCAGAUUCAUAGGGGUGUUUGCAUUUGGACUGUUUGCUACUGACAUUUUUGUAAAUGCUGGACAAGUGGUCACUGGACACCUAACACCAUACUUCCUGACAGUGUGCAAGCCAAACUAUACCAGCUCAGACUGCCGGGCACACCACCAGUUCAUCAACAAUGGGAACAUUUGCACUGGGGACCUGGAAGUUAUAGAAAAGGCUCGGAGAUCUUUUCCCUCCAAGCAUGCUGCUCUGAGCAUUUACUCCGCCUUAUAUGCCACGAUGUACAUCACAAGCACAAUCAAGACAAAGAGCAGUCGACUGGCCAAGCCGGUGCUGUGCCUGGGGACUCUCUGUACAGCCUUCCUGACUGGUCUAAACCGGGUCUCGGAGUACCGGAAUCACUGCUCGGAUGUGAUCGCGGGCUUCAUCCUGGGCACUGCAGUGGCUCUGUUCCUGGGAAUGUGUGUGGUUCAUAACUUUAAAGGAACACAAGGAUCUCCUUCCAAACCCAAACCUGAGGAUCCCCGUGGAGUCCCCCUCAUGGCUUUCCCAAGGAUAGAGAGCCCUCUGGAAACCCUAAGUGCACAGAACCACUCAGCCUCCAUGACAGAAGUCACCUGAGAAGAGUAAGGUGCACAGCUGUGCUUUGUUUUUUUUUUUUAAUCUCUUUCCAAUUCAAUACUUCAAAACACACAGUUACUCAAUGUCCAACUGUGAAGACAAGUAUUAUGUUUAUCUAGUUAGAGGCAAAUGUUUUGUACAUUUUUUUUGUAUGAAGAAGUGAUGUAGCUUGCCCUGAUCUCUCUCUCUCUCUCUCUCUCUCUCUCUCUCUUUUGGUCAGCUUUAAUAUAUUUAUGCCAGAAUUUUAAAACCAACAAAAAUUUCUUGUUCAAGUGUGCAUUGCAGAAUCACAUUUAUUCAAUGGUGGAUGUUGUUUUUGUGAGAUUUGUACACAAACCUUCUUUU